AUGGCAUUGGAGAGCCAUGCAACCCCUCAAUACAUGACUGUUGGUUCGACGCUGAGGUCCAGGACGGUCCAGACCCCCACGGAAUCUACCAGGUCCAAUGGGCGGAUGGAGGGUGGACGGACCGGUCACCGGUGCAUGCCACGCAGCUUCGUGACCGGACCGGGGCACCGUGCCCGGUCACCCACGCAGCGCUUACCGCGCGGACGGCGGUCCUGGUGCUCCCCACGCUGCUGCUGCGACUGCAUUGGGAGGCUGCGGAGAUGGAGUGGCGAGAGAAAGCGGUGGCGGAACUGCGAAGGGAGCUGUUGCCACAUGAGGUGA